AUGGCGCGGGCUUUAGCAAAAAUGGUAACUCAUGUGUCACAUCUAGGAGCGUCUAGAGAAGAAGAGUCGCAUUUCAUAAUUUUAUUUGAACAUGUUUAUGAUGCCAGCAAUAAGGUAAGAUGUUGGAGAACAUUUUGCGGUCGCUUAGCGGCUUUUGAAGAUUGUGUGGAAAGUGUCCAGGAGUUGUUUGAAGUUUUUGCACGGGUUGUUUUGAAGAAAUUGUUGUCGGGUCAGGCGGUUAAAGGUCGCUGGGUCAAGUGGAUGUUGAGGAACAUUGAUUUAGAGAUUUGCAGGUUGUUCUGCGGACUGUUGUGA